UCCUUUGUAUGCAAUGACCGCUCCCUGUCGCGGUAGCAACAAGCAAAAUAAAGGUCUCCAGUGACCCACUUUGACUUCAUUUCUCACUCGGUAACGCGAUCGUCAUUCGUUCGGGAAAUUGGUGUUAAUACAUCCACAUCAAAACUGCAGGAUGGCUGCUACAGUAAGGACCCAGAAGGAGAUGAGGGACAAGGCGAUGAAGCAACUGAAACACGAGAAAGAUGCUAUGGUAAAGUUACGUCUGGCAUGUUUAGCGAGAGGCUCAACAGGGAUCAAAGGCCUGGGCAGAUGUUUUAAGAUCAUGGACGAUGACGGUAGUCGAUCACUUGACUUCAAAGAGUUUAAGAAGGGUAUCCAUGACUACGGCUGUACAGAGUUGUCUAAUGAGGAGAUACAGGAAGCCUUCAACAAAUGUGACAAGGAUGGCAGCGGAACCCUGGACUUUGAUGAGUUUCUGAUACAGCUCAGGCCUCCCAUGAGCCAAGCCAGAAGGUCAUUAAUAGCACAAGCAUUUAAGAAGCUGGACAAGAGUGGUGAUGGUGUGGUUACAGUUGAGGACCUGAAAGGGAUUUACAACGUCAAGAAGCAUCCAAAAUAUCUCAAUGGAGAGUGGACAGAGGACCAGUGCCUGCGACAAUUCCUUGACACAUUCGACAGUCAGGACAAAGAUGGAAAGAUUACCUGUGAGGAGUUUGACAACUACUACGCUGGUGUCAGUGCGUCUAUUGACAGUGAUGUGUACUUUGAUCUGAUGAUGAGGCAAGCUUGGAAACUGACAACAUAGUCAGAUGACCUUCACCUUCAUGGUAGCUCUCACAAGACCUCAAACAACAAUUGUGUCCCGAAUUAUUUGUAACCCAGGUAUUGGGAGCUAGUGACAGUUACCUGACUCCAGUCCUUCAGUGGAAAUUGUUACAUACCUGCCCUGUAUUCCAUCACAAAUGUUGUGAGAUUGAACAGCAUUAUGAUGUUUUAAAACUUGUGUUCUUGCCAAGUUAUGAUUGCUUCUUAGUAUCUGGCAAUGAGGCAACAGCGCUGACAACCACCUGUCCAGUGUCUGCAUGUGUUCCACAGCGCCAGUGUGCCUUCUCUUACUUCCACUUAUGCAUGUAAUGGAUAUUGUGGCCUGACCAGUUUUAUUACGUUUUAAAGAUGUUCUUGGCAGGGUCCAGGAACAGUCAUAUAGAACAAGUAAUGAUGAUUUUUUUACACUUUAUCACAGCUGGCUUCUUGUCCAAAUUUUAGAUAUUAAUGAAGUAGAAGAAAAUGCACUUUUGCUUUUUUAAAGUAACGCUUCUGAAAAACCCUCUUGAAACAUUAAUUUAAACUACCACUUGACUACUGGUUGACAUUUUAGGAUUUUAAAUAUGACUAUUUUGAAUUGAAAUUUGUAUUUGCUUUAGGAAUAAAACCUUGGUUAUCCCUAUCAGUAUUCAUGACAUGAUGUCCUGAUGCACACCUGGUCAACCAUAUGCACCCCAACAUCACCCAUAACAUAAAUGUAAGAGUAAACCUCCAUACUAUUCAUGAAUUUUUACAGAAGUAUAACACAUAGUUUCUCUUAAUUCUGUCUUCCCUCAUAUAUUUUGACUGAAUGUUUACACAUAUCACUAUCAGUGGAAUAUAGAUAGCCUCUUUUUAUUUGAUCAUGUUUAUAUAGUGGCUUUCUAUAACACUUAUUAUACCAUAGACUUCUAUGGAGGUCUUCCUUGAAGGCUGACGUUUGCUGCCCAUACUUUCAACCACUGAUUGGUCUGCUUCAGACUCAGUAACACUGAGCGAAUGUUAUUUUAAGCUGCCACCCCAAAAAUAUUCCAGGUUUGUUAAAUUGGUGUUGACAAGCCAGACUGAAUAAAAAACAAGCCAUGACAGGUCCCACACUUGAACUACACAGGACCUAUACCAUGUAAGUCUCAUGACAAGCUUGGAGAACUGGGGAUCUGGAGACAAGGCCAUGACAGGUCCCACACUUGAACUACACAGGACCUAUACCAUGUAAGUCUCAUGACAAGCUUGGAGAACUGGGGAUCUGGAGACAAGGCCAUGACAGGUCCCACACUUGAACUACACAGGACCUAUACCAUGUAAGUCUCAUGACAAGCUUGGAGAACUGGGGAUCUGGAGACAAGGCCAUGACAGGUCCCACAUUUGAACUACACAGGACCUAUACCAUGUAAGUCUCAUGACAAGCUUGGAGAACUGGGGAUCUGGAGACAAGGCCAUGACAGGUCCCACACUUGAACUACACAGGACCUAUACCAUGUAAGUCUCAUAACAAGCUUGGAGAACUGGGGAUCUGGAGACAAGGCCUUGACAGGUCACACACUUGAACUACACAGGACCUAUACCAUGUAAGUCUCAUGACAAGCUUGGAGAACUGGGGAUCUGGAGACAAGGCCUUGACAGGUCCCACACUUGAACUACACAGGACCUAUACCAUGUAAGUCUCAUGACAAGCUUGGAGAACUGGGGAUCUGGAGACAAGGCCAUGACAGGUCCCACAUUUGAACUACACAGGACCUAUACCAUCUUGGUCUCAUGACAAGCUUGGAGAACUGGGGAUCUGGAGACAAGGCCAUGACAGGUCCCACAUUUGAACUACACAGGACCUAUACCAUCUGGGUCUCAUGACAAGCUUGGAGAACUGGGGAUCUGGAGACAAGGCCAUGACAGGUCCCACAUUUGAACUACACAGGACCUAUACCAUCUGGGUCUCAUGACAAGCUUGGAGAACUGGGGAUCUGCCCUCAGGAGACAAGGCCAUGACAGGUCCCACACUUGAACUACACAUGACCUAUACCAUCUGGGUCUCAUGACAAGCUUGGAGAACUGGGGAUCUGGAGACAAGGCCUUGACAGGUCCCACAUUUGAACUACACAGGACCUAUACCAUCUGGGUCUCAUGACAAGCUUGGAGAACUGGGGAUCUGGAGUCAAGGCCUUGACAGGUCCCACAUUUGAACUACACAGGACCUAUACCAUCUGGGUCUCAUGACAAGCUUGGAGAACUGGGGAUCUGGAGACAAGGCCAUGAUGUGGGAAUAUCUGAAGUUUUGAGCCCGGUAUAUCUAGAAUGUUUUAUACUUAGGUCUAACAUAUAAUGGUAAUUUUUAUUGCAUCAUAUGAAUCAUACUCUGUUAUCCAUAAAAUAAACUGCUUGACAAGUCACACUGUAUUAAAGACCUGAGUUCUA